AUGCACACCGAGCUCUUGCCCCCCAGGUUGAUGUCACAGGAUGGGGCGGCGCCUGCCGCGCGCUCGGGGCCCGGCGCUGCUCCCGGCGGAUCCCGGCCCCCCCCCGCGGCCCCCGCCCGCGCCAUCGCUGACGUCAUCGCUGACGUCACCGUCACCGAGCUGCCCCCGUCCAGCCCCGAGGGAUCGCCCGACGGCAGGAGCAGCCCGGCCAUCCGGAUCAAGGAGGAGCCUCCCAGCCCCACGCGGAGCCCGCAGGUGGAGGAGCCCAAGAACGCCGGGAAUUCCGGGAACGCCGGGAAUUCCGAGACCCCCCCUGUCCCCCCUCCACCUUCAUCGACUCCAUCCUGCGGGGAAAACGACUCCGGAGCCGCUCCCGGGAAUCCCCAAUCCCAGGAAAAGUGCCUGAGCAUCGCCUGCCUCGACAAGUCGGAGCUGAACGAGCACCUGGACUCGGUGGACUCCAGCCUGGAGAACCUGCAGGCGCUGCUCAGCUCCCACGGCUUCAGCAUGGACAGCGCCCUGCUCGACCUCUUCAGCCCGUCCAUGGCGGUGCCGGACGUGACCCUGCCGGACCUGGACAGCAGCCUGGCCAGCAUCCAGGAUCUCCUCUCCAACCAGGAGCAGCAGAAACCGGCGGAGGCCGAGCCCGGCGCCGGCGAUUCCGGGAAGCAGCUGGUGCCCUGCACGGUCCAGCCGCUGUUCCUGGUGGAUUCCAGCGCCGUGGACGUCGGAUCCGGGGAUCUGCCCAUCUUUUUCGAGCUGGGGGAGGGGCCGUGCUUCCCGGACGGGGACGAGUAUCCCGAGGAGUACCCGGAGGAGUACCCGGAGGAGUAUCCCGAGGAGUACCCCGAGGAGUAUCCCGAGGAGUAUCCCGAGGAUCCCGCGCUGCUCCCGCGGCCGCCCACGCCCGAGGACCCGGCCGUGUCCUAAAGCCGGGAUCGGGGACACGGACAGGGACAGGAUCCCGAGGGGGAAAAAAAGGAUCCCGGGGAGGGGAAAAAAAAAAAAAAACCGGGAUCCCGGGAAGGGAA